CUGCCACCCAGCAGCCUCAGGGGACAGACAGAGAGGGGGGCCGAGAGGUUGUUGGCAAAUCACUGUCUUGCUGAAAAGUACAUUUCCAGAGCAGGAUUUAUAAUGUUAGCUUGGCAUUGCUGCCAGGCUUUGGCCAGAGAUCAAGACAGCCUAGCCAAACCUGACUGGAACAAUGGUCUAGGGUGCAUCUCCCUUCCCCCUCACCCCCAAAUGUGGGGUGCACGGCCCUCAGAGGUUUGCCAGGCUCUGGGGAGAUACAGCCCAUCCUGCACCCCCUUCCCCACACCCAGGCACCAGUUAGCCACAGCUCUGAGCUUAGCUGGGAACAGCGAGUAAAUCCUCACUGUUAUGUGUUUCCCAGGCACGUCUGGGCUCAGUGCACUCCAAACCUCAAGUACAGCUGGGAAUGGGGCCAGCCCCAAGGGACUCAGGUAGCCACUGCCCCUUGUUGCUCCCAUGCCACUAGCUGGAGCUGGGGACAGCAAUUCAGAGAGCACUGGACCAUAACGGCGCCUUUGCCCCAUCCUGCUGAGCUGGAAUUUGCCCUUCUGAGCAGUAGUUCUGGACUCAAAGCCAAGCACAUUCCCAAACUGCCCCUUUUCCUGCUGCUUUCAGGGCUGCGCUUGGGGUCCAAAUUCCCUCUGUCCUGCCGUGCUUGGCCCAUCAGCCCAGCCACGUGCCUCUGGCUCAUCCCUGGAGCACAGCGGGAGAUGGGCGAGGGGGCCCUCAGGCCCCCGCCAGCCUGCUCAGCACCUUCCCGGAGUACAGCCUGGGGAGCUCCUGCUGAGCCCAGGCAGGAUCUGACCCUGGUGCUCCUCUCCGGCCCCGCUGCAAGCCCCGGCCGAGCUGCGGACAGCGGCAGCGCCCGGCGCCCGCCCCGCUCCGGACCGGCCUCUCCGCCUCCUCAGGGCGGUCCCUGCCCCGGCCCCCCGUCCCCCCCUGUGCCCGGAAGCCCUGGGAAAAGUUCCGCCGGGAAAGCGAAGUCCCGGCUGCGGGACGCGGGGCGGCAUGGCCGGAGGCUGCGGGGCGGUGGCGGCCGGGCUUCGGGGCGGGCUGAGGCGGGUCCGCUGGUCCCGCCGGCCGCAGGGCUCGUACCUGUCCCUGGGGCCGCCAGGAGCGCGCCCGGCCCAUGCCGCGGCCGCAGCCCGGCUGCAGCUCGAGUACGACGCGGUGGUGAUCGGCGCAGGGCACAACGGGCUGGUGGCAGCUGCCUACCUGCAGCAGGCAGGGCUGCGCACAGCUGUGCUGGAGAAGCGCCACGUGCUGGGCGGCGCGGCCGUCACCGAGGAGAUUGUGCCAGGGUUCAAGUUCUCCCGGGCAUCAUAUCUGCUCAGCCUGCUGCGACCACAAAUCUAUGCUGAUCUGGAGCUUCAGCGGCACGGUCUGAGGGUGUUCCCACGGGACCCCUACUCCUUCACCCCAUUGCUGGAGGACAGGAGCCCCCCUCGCUCGCUUCUGCUGGGACAUGACAUGGCCCAGACUCAGCAGCAGAUUGCUCAGUUCUCCCAGAAGGAUGCCCAGGCCUACCCUGAGUAUGAGGCAUUCAUGGGGCACAUGGUGUUGGCCCUUGACCCACUGCUGGAUGCCCCUCCAGUGGAUACAGCUGCCCUGGGAAAGGGUUCCCUGCUCCAGCAGCUCAGGAACCUGCGAACCCUGAAGCCCCUGCUGCAGGCAGGGCUGGCCCUGGGGCGGCAGCUGCCCCACUAUUACGAGGUGCUCACAGCUCCCAUCUCCAAGAUCCUGGAUCACUGGUUUGAGUCAGAACCCCUGAAGGCAACUCUGGCUACUGAUGCUGUGAUUGGAGCUAUGGCCAGCCCACACACCCCUGGCAGUGGGUAUGUGCUGUUGCACCAUGUCAUGGGUGAGCUGGAGGGACGACGGGGGGCCUGGGGCUACGUGGCAGGUGGCAUGGGCGCCCUGUCCCAGGCCAUCGCCCAGGCAGCCACUGCCCGGGGAGCCCACAUCUUUGCUGAGAAGGCAGUGUGCCACGUGCUGCUGGGCAGUGACGGGGAGGCGCAGGGUGUCGCGCUGCAGGAUGGGACCGAGGUGAGGAGCAAACUGGUGCUGUCCAAUGCCUCUCCGCAAAUCACCUUUCUGGAUCUUAUUCCUCAGGAGAAGCUGCCGAAGGAUUUUGUCCAGCGGAUCCGGCAGCUUGACACACGCUCACCUGUCACCAAGAUCAACGUGGCGGUGGAUCGGCUGCCCAGCUUCCUGGCUGCCCCCAAUGCCCGCGACGGCCGGCCCCUGCCCCACCACCAGUGCUCCAUACACCUCAACUGCGAGGGCACCCAGCUCCUGCAUCAGGCGUUCACUGAGGCUGCCCACGGGCACCCCUCCAGCAGGCCCAUGAUCGAGCUCUGCAUUCCCUCAGCGCUGGACCCAGGGCUGGCCCCGCCAGGCUGCCAUGUCGUGUCCCUCUUCACGCAGUACACCCCGUCCGUGCUGGCAGGUGGUCAGUCCUGGGACGAGCAGGCCAGAAAUGCAUAUGCAGACCGGGUGUUUGACUGCAUCGAAGACUAUGCCCCAGGCUUCAAGGCAUCCGUCAUUGGCAGGGACAUCCUGACGCCACCAGACCUGGAGAGGAUCUUUGGGCUGCCUGGUGGAAACAUCUUCCAUGGAGGGAUGUCUCUGGACCAGCUGUACUUCACCCGGCCAGCCCCAUCCUACUCUGGCUACCGGUCCCCAGUUCCUGGCCUGUACCUGUGUGGAAGUGGAGCCCACCCUGGAGGAGGAGUGAUGGGAGCAGCAGGACGCAAUGCCGCCCAGGUGGCUAUCAAGGAUUUCAGGCAUCUCUGACGAGAUUGGUGAAACUGACUUCUCCAACACAGGGCUGCGACAGCAGCAUGCCCUACUGAUGCCAUGCAGAGCCCUGCCAUCCCCAACUUGAUUCCCCAGUACCUCAGGGCAGCAGCAUCUCCUGAAAGCAGGUGUAGGCUGGCAGGGUCCCUUGUGCUCACAGCUGCUCCCAUCACCUUGAACAAAUGGCUGCUCCCGGCCUGCCACAACCCAGCCUUGCCCCAGUGGCUCCUGGACCCUGCAUGACCAUGGCAAGCCUCACCCAGCCCCUGCCUGUGCCCAUGGAAAUAAACCCUGGCCUGGGCUCUGUCAUGA